AUGUACAUGUUUUCCAUCCUCCCCCACCCUCCAAUAUCCAAGAUCUGGUUUGCCAAGGCCCGAGCUCCGACUUUUGACUACUUUGGUGGUACCAUUCCUCUAAUCCUUCAAACCUCUCUACAACGCGGUCCCUUAGCCUACAAGGUUCCGGGCAUGAUCGACUUAAUGCUACGUCGAUUAAGGCGGAGAGAGAUGGGAACAAAGGCGCCCUUUGAUUCAUCCAGUGAACGCAUCACCAUGACGGGGAAGAGGAGGUCCGAGGGUCCGGGCCCCCACGACUACAAUCCAAAACCAGAGUCGGAAUGUAAACAUGAAAAUUUGGAAAAGAUCAACACUUCUCGUAAAAUCUCGGACUUUCGUACUCCAACUGAUCAUGAGGUGUGA